AUGGAAUCCCCAGUAGAAUAUAUCAAGAAUUUAACACCUGAGCAAAUCGAUCAAGAUCAAAACUUAGGUAUUAAGGCUAUAAGGUUGUUUUUGCAAUCUAAAACAUCGUAUGAUGUGUUGCCUGUUUCCUAUCGUUUGGUGGUUUUAGACACAAAUUUAUUAGUAAAAAAAUCAUUGAACAUUUUACUACAAAACAACAUUGUCUCAGCUCCUUUAUGGAACAACAAGACUUCGAGGUUCUCAGGUUUAUUAUCCUCUUCGGAUUUUAUCAACGUCAUUCAAUAUUAUUUCCAAUUCCCUGAGAAAGUUGAUUUGGUUGAUAAAUUAACAUUGAAUGGCUUAAAAGAUAUCGAAAAAUCUUUGGGAGUAGAGGAAAUAGAAACCAUUGCUAUUCAUCCUUUCAAAUCAUUAUAUGAGGCUUGUUCCAAGAUGUUGGAAUCUAGAUCUAGAAGAAUUCCUUUGAUCGACGAAGACGAAAAAACACAUAGAGAAAUUGUUGUAUCGGUAUUAACUCAAUAUCGUAUAUUGAAGUUCGUAGCCUUGAAUUGUAAGGAAACAAAAAUGUUAGUCAAACCUGUCAAAGACAUUUUUAAUUUGAAUAAGAACCUUUUCUCCUGUAAUAUGGAUACGCCUGUCAUCGACAUCAUUCAUUUGUUAUCAGAAAAAUCCAUUUCCUCAAUUCCAGUAGUUGACGAACAAGGAAAAUUGAUCAACGUUUAUGAAGCCUAUGAUGUGUUAACUUUAGUUAAGGGUGGAAUCUAUACUGAUUUAGACUUAACUGUUGGUGAUGCUUUAUUGAGAAGAUCAGAAGAUUUUGAAGGUGUCCAUAUGUGUACGGUAAAUGACAGGUUGAGCACUAUUAUGGACACUAUCAGAAAAAGUAGAUUACAUAGAUUAUUUGUUGUUGACGAUGAAGGAAAGUUGGUCAGUGUAAUAACCUUAAGUGACGUUUUAAAGUAUAUUUUAUUUGGUGAGGAUUAG